UAUGGAACUGAAAUAUUUAUUGUUGCUGCUCUUCUCGACAGCCGUUCUUGGCCAGACAGAGCUGGCGCUUAAGGAGGAUUGUGAAGUUUGUAUCAAGACUCUUGAACGUUUUGCAAAAACACUACACGGUGUGACCAGAGACGACUACAAGAUGAUUGAAACUGAAUUCAAGAAAUUUUGCAACACUCAAAAGAAUAAGGAGCGCAAGUUUUGUUACUACCUGGGCGGUCUGAAGGAGUCGACUAGGAAUAUAUUAAGUGAAUUGAGCAAACCAUUGAGCAGAUUAUUGCCAGCGGACAAGAUUUGUGAGAAACUUAACAAAAUAGAUGCCCAGAUUUGUGACUUGCGUUAUGAGAAGCAGCUUGACUUAAAGAAUGUGGAUUUGCAAAAAUUAAAGAUUAAAGACUUGAAGCAAAUAUUGUACAACUGGGAAGAUAGGUGCCAUGGUUGUCUGGAGAAGACUGAUUUCAUUCGACGCAUUGAGGAGCUGAUUCCGAGUAUUGCACACGAAGAAUUGUAGAGGCACUACACCACCCAAAACAGUCACUAUGCAUUGAAAAGAAAAUUGUUUAGUUAAUUUAUUUAUAGCAUUUUAAGGCAAUCAAUAGUUUUCAGCUGCUUUUAAUAAACGUUGAUGAGUGCCUAACUUA